AUGGCUAAACCAAACAAUAACAACGUGUCGGCUGCCAAAUUGAAAGCUGCAGCAACAGCUGCAUCCAAACACAAACAAGAAGGCGACACUGUAUGGAAUGUUGACCCCCUAGUUGAUCCCGUUUUCGGCAAGGGCCAAAUUCGCGAGUACCUAAUCACUAACCCAUCGCCAAUUGCAUUACAAAAGAGACAAUUUGUUAAACAAGAACACUUUUUUUUGAUUACCUUGAUAGUCAUUGGUCUAGUUGUUAGAUUACGUGGAUUGAAAUACCCCGACUCUGUUGUAUUUGACGAAGUCCAUUUUGGUGGGUUUGCUAGAAAGUACAUCUUGGGUAAUUUCUUUAUGGAUGUUCAUCCACCUUUGGCCAAGAUGCUCUUUGCUGCCGUUGGCUCUAUUGGUGGCUUCAAUGGAGACUUUGAGUUUAAGAAAAUUGGUGACAAGUUCCCCGAAACUGUCCCCUAUGUGUUUAUGAGACAAUUUCCAGCACUAUUGGGAGUUGCUACUGUUGUAUUGUGUUAUUUGACAUUGAGACAAUCAGGUGUACGUCCACUUAUAUCUUUUGUCACUGGAUUGCUCUUGUUGAUUGAAAACUCAAACGCCACUAUUUCAAGAUACAUUUUGUUGGAUUCCCCAUUGAUGUUUUUCAUUGCUGCUGCUAUUUACUCUUGGAAGAGGUUUGAAGUACAAAUCCCAUUUACAUUCUCUUGGUAUAGGAGUUUGCUUGCCACUAGUAUUGCUUUGGGAUUAGCAUUGAGUUCAAAAUGGGUUGGGUUGUUUACUGUGGCUUGGGUUGGGUUGCUUUGCAUCUAUCAAUUGUGGUUUCUCAUUGGUGAUUUAACAGUUUCAACUAGACAAAUCUUGGCCCAUUUUUUCCUUAGAGGGUUCACCUUGUUGGGAGUGCCCAUUGUUUUGUAUCUUGCUUUUUUUGCAGUUCAUUUCCAAAUGUUGCCCAAUGAAGGUGAUGGAAGUGCUUUUAUGAGUAGUGCGUUUAGAGCUGGUUUAAAGGGAAACAAAAUACCUACUGAUAUUACUGCAGAGGUUGGGUUGGGUUCAGUUGUCACAAUUCGUCACAUUGACACUCAAGGUGGCUAUUUGCACUCGCAUCAACAAUUUUACCCAACUGGUUCCAAACAACAACAAAUUACCUUGUAUCCACACUUGGACUCAAACAACAAAUGGUUGAUUGAACCUUAUAAUGGCACAAUCUAUAAUGAUACGUUUGUACCAUUGAUCAAUGGAAUGAAGAUUAGAUUGAAGCACGUAAACACUGGAAGGAGAUUGCAUUCGCACGAUGAAAAACCACCAGUUAGUGAACGUGAUUGGCAAAAGGAGUGUUCAGCUUAUGGAUACGACGGAUUCCAAGGGGACGCCAAUGAUGAUUGGGUGGUUGAAAUUGUUCAAUACCGAACCAAAGACGAAGAUGCCAAGGCCUUUGUCAAGGCUUUAAAGACGGUUUUCCGUUUACGUCAUGCAAUGACUGGUAAUUACUUGUUUUCAAGUGAGGUGAAAUUACCAGAAUGGGGAUUUGGCCAACAAGAAGUCACCUCAGCAUCACAGGGUAAACGUCCAUUAACCCAUUGGUAUAUCGAACAAAAUGAAAACAAGUAUUUGCCACAGGACCGUCAAACUAUUAUCAAUUAUCCUAAAUUGUCCUUUUGGGAAAAAGUAGCUGAACUGCACAAGAGGAUGUGGAAGAUCAACUCGGGAUUAACGGACCAUCAUCACUGGCAAAGUGAUCCAUCCGAAUGGCCAUUCUUGUUGAGAGGUAUCAAUUAUUGGGCAAGGGAACACAAACAGGUUUAUCUUUUGGGAAAUGCCGUUACUUGGUGGGCUGCAACUACUGCAGUAUUUACAUUUAUCAUCUAUGCAGUCUUCACUAUAUUCAUGUACCAUUUGGGUAAACCCAUGUCCACAAACAAGCAAGUAUUCAACUUUAACGUCCAGACAUUUAGUUACGUUUUGGGAUGGGCAUUGCAUUACGUACCAUUUUUCAUCAUGGGGAGACAAUUGUUUUUACACCAUUAUAUCCCAGCUUUGUAUUUCGCCAUUUUAUCAUUGGGCCAUUUCUUGGAUAUAUUCACCACUUACAUCACUUCAUCGUCAAGAUUAUUGAGACAAAUUGCAUUGGUGUUGGUUGCCUUGUUUGUCGUGUUUAGCACCGUCUUCUAUCUCAACUACUCAUCAUUGAUUUACGCGUCGCCAUGGACGAAAGCUGCUUGUGAAGUAUCGAAACCAUUUACGACGUGGGACUACGAUUGCAACAAUUUCUAUCAAAAUAUAGCUCAAUACCAAGCUGACCAAGAGAGUGCAGACGUGGCUGAGCCUGCAAAGGCACAUUUACCCGAUGAAGCUAAACAGACUCCAAAAGCAGUGCCUAAUAUUGCCAAGCAGGAGGAACAUAUCGAAGAGCCACCCGUAGAUGCACAAGAUGCUCCAGUUCAAGAACACGAACAGUUGGCGCCACCGGGUAUUAAUGCUGAUACAAAGCCAAAUAAUGAUGUGCAAGCUGAUUCAAUUGCAAAGAGCAAUCCAGUUGAGCCUGUUGGUGAAGAACAACUUGAAAACGCUGAGGAUGCACCAAUUGUUGAAGAAAUUGCAAAACCCGUGCUUCAAGACAUCCCCCAUUACGAUCAAGUUGCCGACAUCAAUGAAAAGAUAGUCGAAGAGGAAUCAAUUGACCCACCAGUACAACCAAUAGUGGAUGAAGUUCAACAACCAAAUUAA